AUGGCCAAGGGCCAGGCGGCUGUGAGCGGCGGGAGGCGGGCGCUGCUGCUGCUGCCGUUGCGCUCGCGCGGCGCCCGGGGCGCCGCCUCAAGUGACUGCCGAGCGCCCCCGUUCGCGGUGCACCGCUGCCUUGGUGACUGGCAGCGGCUGGUGGUUAGCGGCAGCGCAGGGCGGGGAAGGCACGUCGGUGGGACCCGUGGGGAGAGCCGCUGCGGGGAGCGCGGUGUAAGCGUCUCUGCAUCACCAUCUAUACAAAGCAAAGAGAAUGUUUCCUUUUUGGGAAAUAGGAGGCUUUUUUUUGACACUCAUGCACUGGUAUGCCUCUUGGAACAAAAUGGGUUCACUACUCAGCAGUCGGAGGUCAUUGUAUCUGCAUUAGUGAAAAUUAUGAACACCAACCUGGAUAUGAUUUACAAGGAUAUGGUCACCAAAGUACAGCAGGAAAUUGCUCUUCAGCAAGUAAUGUCCCAUAUUGGUGGCGUGAAAAAGGACAUGAUUAUCUUGGAAAAAAGUGAAUUUUCAGCACUUCGUUCAGAAAAUGAGAAAAUAAAACUUGAACUCCAGCAGAUAAAGAAGGAAGUCAUGGAUGAAAUUACUAAAGUUCGUGCUGAUAACAAGUUAAACCUAAACCUAGAGAAGACCAGAGUAAAAGAAUUGUACUCACGUAAUGAAAGAAAACUACUUGAAAUGAGGACAGAAAUAGUGGAAUUGCAUGCACAACAAGAUCGAGCUCUGACCCAAACAGACAGAAAAAUAGACACAGAAGUUGCAGAUCUGAAAACAAUGCUGGAAACACACAAACUUGAUAAUAUUAAGUACUUAGCAGGUUCAGUAUUUACAUGCCUUACAGUAGCACUGGGAUUUUAUCGUUUGUGGAGAUAAUAAAACAUGAAUGUAAAGGGACAUCUACUGUCUUCAUUUCUGGGUAGGAAAAAAAGAAAACAAGGAGUUUUGUCUUUACCCGGACUUCAACCAAGUCUUGACUGUUUUAUUUAUUUUGUAAAGCAGACUGCAUAGAGAAUGUAACCAAAGAUGUGCCUAGAAACAAACUGUACACAUACUGUGUGUAUUUUGAAACUUACCUCUGCUGAAAGCAUAGUAUAUGCAUUUCUGCCAUUUGCCUCUACUCGGAACUGCAGUGUGUGCACCUUGCUGCUGCUGAGUGUCAUCAAAGCAGAGACUGGCAUUCACACCGAUCAUCUGGGGCUGCCUGCUCUAGAGAAGACUGUGUGGGAUUAUGUUCUGCGACCUGUUCAGACCUGCUCGCUGAAGUCAGUUGCAUGUAUCAGACUGAAGUUCUGACUGUUAAUGUAAAGCUGAAACUACAUGUUUUGUGGCUUGGAGGCACUCUUGUAUAAGUAGAAUUUGUGUUAGCUGAAUCAUGCUUACCUCCCUCCUUCUAACACUUGUUCAUACAGUUACUAUGAUCAAAUAUUUGUUUUGCUAUUUUUAUAACAUUAUAGUUAUUAGCUUGUUUUCCAGAUGGCUAUCCAAUCAGUCAUGUUUUAUGACAAGAGUACUGUGUAGUGAUAGCAGUGUUUGCUGCUAGUUUUGUUUGUAAUAUAUUUGUAGAGGUUUUUGUGACUAACUUGCUUUUGAUACAUGUAAGUAUCUGAUACUCAUUCCAUAUGCUAAUUGUUAUCUUUACCACUGUAACUGGAAAUUUGCAAUGCAGUAAAAUACACUAGUUGUAUUAAUUUACAGUUCAGUGAUAGAAAGUGUCUCUGGUGCUGCCUUCUUGAUGGAAGGGAAUUGAUGGUUCUAGAAAAGAAAGAGAUGUUAAAUCGUGGUUAUGGAACAGGGUCUUUGGCAAGGGAACUGCAAUGCUGACAAGUCUUCUGGGAUUUUACUUUUACUUAAAAAAAUAAUAAAAACUCCUGUUAGUUCUUCAAACUUUGAUAGCGAUUUUAUUAAUGAAAGCAGUAACUGAGACCUGCAAGGAUGUUAAAUCCAGUUCUGAGCAAGCCCAUGUGAACCGGUAAGUGCAACUGAAGGCAAUGAAGGAAGGUGCCCAGUGUAUCCAGUUAUCUGCCAUUCAUCCACUGAUGAAGUGACUGGUUUACUAGCAGAGCUGCCAAGUGUGUCCUUUCAGUUAAGGGAAAUUUGCCCUUCUUGCUUGCUCUUAGGAGGAGAGAAUGCAUUGGUAAUAAAUGCUGUUAGAGGACAAUCACAACUUUGCUUAAUGAAAGUAAAGCUGUUUGGCUAUUUUGUGCCUGUACUGUAAUAACCAUUUAACUCUUGGUGAUGGGGAGUGCCAGCUUCAAUCAUGUGCAUGUGCGGAGGAAGCAAUGGAUGCCUAUAAUAAUACUAUACUGGCCUGAAAUAAAGACUUUUUAAUAAUUC